CACAGCAUUUUUGGUAGGGUGAAAGGAAAAUGCCCUGCCUGGUACACUGUGGCCCUCAACAAUGGUGAGUUGAGGACCCCAUCUGCAGCACAUAUGUACUGAUGUUUCCAGUGUCUGUCUGCAAAUAACCAGCCCUGACCCACUAUGGAAGCCACCUGUAAUGGAUCAAAGGACUCCUCACCUGUCUUCUACCUGGUGGGCAUCCCCUGUCUGCUUGAAUCCCUCUUCCUCCUUGUCUUCUUGAUUUUCCUCUUAUUCUCUCUACUCAUCCUGGUGGGAAAUGAGCUGAUCCUGGUGUCUGUGGUGGCAGAGCCCAGCCUCCACAAACCCAUGUACUUCUUCCUGAUCAGCCUCUCAGCCCUGGACAUCCUCUCCACUACAACCACUGUCCCCAAGAUGCUGGCUCGAACCUGGCUGUCCCUAUUCUUGCUUGGGGACCACUACCUCAGCUUCUCUGCUUGCUUCCUGCAGAUGUACCUAUUCCAUGGCCUUAACUGCUCUGAAGCCUUCAUCCUGGUGGUCAUGGCCUGUGACCGCUAUGUGGCUAUCUGCCGCCCACUGCACUACCCUGUCCUCAUGACCCCACAGACCAAUGCUGCACUGGCAGCCAGUGGCCAGCUCACUGCCCUCCUUCUGCCCAUCCCAGCAGUGGUGCAGAUGUUACACAUGGCUUUUGACAACACUGUUCACAUCUGCCACUGCUUCUGUGACCACUUGGUUGUGGUCCAGGCCUCCUGCUCUGACACCACGUCCCAGACCUUCAUGGGCUUCUGCAUCGCCUUGGUGGUGUCCUUUCUGCCCCUUCUCCUGGUGCUUCUCUCCUAUGCCCACAUCCUGGCCUCAGUGCUUCUCAUCAGCUCCCGAGAAGGACGCUCGAAAGCCUUCUCCACCUGCAGCUCCCACCUCCUGGUUGGCACCUACUACUCAUCCAUUGCCAUAGCCUACGUGGCCUACAGGGCUGACCUACCCCUCGACUUCCACAUCAUGGGCAACGUGGUGCAUGCUAUUCUCGCACCUGUCCUCAACGCUCUCAUCAACACGCUGAGGAACAAGGAUGUCAAAGCAGCCAUCACCAAAAUGGCAUGUCCCCAGGGCCCAGGGAAUUCUGGGACCCUUAAUCCUUAGAU